CGCUUUCAGAGGAUCGGUCGUCUGUCUGUCUCUGUCCAGAGAGAGGGAAAAAAGACACAAAUCACAUGCACGCAUCCCAUGCACCCACCUAACCAACCAGUGCGGUCAUUGUAAAUCAGUUAUUGUCCGUCAAGGCAUUGCACGCACCCACAUAUGCACAGCGUAUGCAUGUUCAUGCACACACAAGCGUCUCACUCAUCGGCCACGCCUGCCCGCGCCAUCGCCUCCGAUCCGACAGUUGUCCUCCAGCAGCUCAACCUACACUCACACAUCAAAUGAUCACUAUACAUCCACUGGUGCCGUGUGUCUCUUCUGUCGUGUAAUGUUGUGUAUGCUGACCUUGAAAAAGCAUAUGGACGCGUUCUCCACCACAGCCACCAAAUGACCCAUCCGGGGGGCACCGCCUGCGCCAUCCUCACCCCCGACGCCACACGCACUCCCCGCCUCUUCACCACAUUCACCACCACCACCACCAUCAGCAGCAGCAGCGGCUGGAGGCACCUGACGGGUGUCAUCUUCCGCCGUUGUCCUGGCCUUCUUGGCCGGCGGGAUGUCAGAUGGCUCAGCUGGCGGUGAUGAGGCGGCAUGCAGGUCGUGGAGCACCUCAGGGUCCUCAAAGAACUCACACAGAGGCUCGGUCCACCUGACACGCACAUACACACACACACACACACACACAUACACACACUCACAUAUCCAGACAGACCUCAUCAUAUCUCUCACUUGGCCACGUGCAGUACGUAGUCCGGCGCUUCGUCGAAGCUGGGCCGCCUGUCGCAGGGCAUGAACACCCGCCACACACGCUCACCGGCAUCGCACUCGACCUCCUUCACAGCACUCAUCGCACCGCCACCACCAUCACAAUCACCCAGCCGACUCAACGCACUCGACAGCACGUCGGGGGCCUCUCCAGAUGCCUUGUCUGGUUCAGUCGGGCGGUCGCUUUGUGCACUGCGCUGGAAGUUGGCGAAAACUCGUCGGCUCAUGUUGGUGGAUGGGUGGGGUGCGGGCAGCCGGGCCAUGGCUUCCUCAGGACUCGGCAACGAGUCGGUGGGCAGGGCCGCUGGGUGCCUGGAGAGAGGAGAGAGAGAGAGAGAAUGUGUGUGUAAAUGCAUUUGUGUGUGGCAUGGACUUGGCGGCGUACCUCCGUUGCAGAGCGUAUCCUGCCCUCUUCAUGUGGGCGUAGACGAUGUAGCACGUCAAGCUCACACUCAGCGGACGACCCGCCUCAUCUAAAAUACACACACACACACACACAAGAAGAGUAGGAAGGACGGAAAGGCGAUAUAUGAUGCGUGGAUGCAAUGUGUAUCUAUGGCUGGCUGGCUGACCGACCCUUGAGUUGUCUGUCGUGCAGGUCCAUGAGGGUGUCGUAUGCGUCCUGCACCGACCAGCGGCGGCCUGACUCGUCCCACACAUCCAACGAACCUGUCAGUCACGUCACACACACAUGACACCCACACCACACCCACAGGCAUUUCAUUUGCAGCCCAGUGAAUGCAAUGCAUGUGCGGCAUCCAUCUUAAGAUAUACAGGUAGGCUAGGCAUUUACCUCUUUCCUUGAGGUAGAGGACCUCUUCCACAUGCAGCAUCUGCCGGCCGGGGGGGAUGUUCCACCCCAAACUCUGCACCACCUUGCCGCGAGGACGCACCACCAUUCCCUGAAUGAAUGGAAUGAACCAACACAACACACAGAGAGAGAGAGAGAGAGAGUGUGGCUGGCUGGCACUUCUGUUCACCGUGUUUGCUCACUCACCACGCCCAGGUCAUUCAUCCAGAUCACCACCGUCCCUACACACAUAACACACACACAGACAAGGAAGGCACCCAUAGGCCCGGCAAGAUGGGAGCUACCGAUGUUCUCCUCCAUGUGUAGCCCACUCACUUUGUGAGGCGUCUGGGUCUGAGGCCGAUGCGGCAGCAGCUGCACCACCCGGCUUUGCACUGUCGGUGUGUGCCUCCACCUGCUGCCUGUAAAGCGCCACCAGCUUCGGGCACGCCUCCUCGAUAUCCACCCCAAUGCUGCACGACAGACACAACACACAAAACACACACGGUGACUGGAAACUCCUCGACGUUUGGUUGGUUGGUUCAGUCACCCUUGGCUUGUUCCAGCCUCCUUUGGCGUCUGUGUGAGUCGCUGGCCUCUCUUGGGCAUCAGCUGCCCCCUCUUGACGCGCUCACGCUUCGACCUCGGCUGAUCCGUGGCCAUGGAUGACGGAGUCGACCCACCAGAUGGUUCCAUAGAGCUCAUCGAUGACGCGUCGAUGGAUAAAGAGGUGAC